GAGCCUAGGUUACGCGUAUCGCUCGAAGCUUUUACGAAAACGUCGUAGAAAAUCUUCCAUGCGGAAUGACGUUAUUACCAGCAAGUCAAUUCCAAAUAGACGAGAAGGAUCGGUAGCUCUUACGCGUUGUUUAUACGAUGCGAGAUCAUUCUGAAUUUGGUAAAGUCAUUAAACCGUGACAAUCCGUAGAGCUCGUAACCAGAGAAGAUAGAAAAGGAGAAAAUACUAAAUACGCUGUCUGAAAUGUUUCAAUUUUCGAUUACGUGUCCCGUGGUCAGGAAAACAAACGUCUAUAGUUUGUUUAGCGAUGCUGUCAACAUCUGUCGAUUAGGAUGUACCGAUCGUGAAAUAAUUUGAAAAUGUUGAACUUAUUCGCAAAGCACGUAAAGCUUGCAUCAUGAGAUUUACUAAUAGCGCGAUAAACCAUUCGUGUGCGUCUUCUCGUGACAAGAGGUUUUGGCUGGGGCCUACGUGACGCAGCGCGCGGAGCUGUUCCAGAGGGCGUCGACAAAGUCGUCCGAUUCUACGUGGAAGCAACUUAGAAGCAGAGAGACAGAGGCAGCAGAAGGAGAAGGGAAAGAGAAGGCGGUAGAGUGUAUGGCCCGAGCGCGGCGUAGCAAGCGAGACAGUAAACAGUGGGGAUCAGAGCGGUGCUCCUGCUUCGACAAACGGGCAAUGCAGCGUGUGGAGGGGAUGAUGGUAAUGGUAAGCGAAGCGGCCAUUUUGCGUGAGGUUCGGUUCAGUCUCAGUCGGAAACCAACUGCCGAGCAGUGAGGGAAGGUGAACGAAAAGACCCGAUGUGUUAGUCGAAGGAUUUUUGAUGCGCUUCCGAGCCCGGUUACCGCUACGUGCGAGAGGCUGUGCGAUAGCGACAACGGAGCAGCGAACACCGCGGGAUUUGCGCGUACGAAGAUAUUCCGGUUUAUCCGGCGAAAAGUCUCAGAGUAGGAAAGAGGAGUCGAAGGAACCGAGGUAGGCCAAGUUUUUGUUGGCGGAUGGUCGAGGACACGAGAAAUUGGGUUUUUGCUCGUUCAACGAGCACUACGACGUCAUCGGAUCGAGGACAGCGGAAAGAGUAGUUACUUUAUCGGCUGAUAUCAUUGGAGAUGAAGGACUAACGGACCAGUGAAGGAACGAGCAAGAAAGAAAGAGUGCAGUGUUAGAGUCUGUGAUAGUAUUUAUUCAGAAGAUACAAACUACAACGUGUGUAUCAACUACAGCAGCAACAGCAGCAUCUUUCGUCGUUCGGAGAGCCGCAAGAGCUAGCGAAGCAAAGGAAUAGAUAGCCUUUAUAUAUUUAUUUAUAUCUGUGAUACCGACACUGAUAUACAUCGAUCUAUCCCGAAAGUACGUCGGUAGAGGGAGAAAGACGAGUGGAUCGAGAAGAAUAGAGAGCCGAAAUUCACGUAUACUACACGCGUACCGAAGGAGAGACCGUUGUGCCUGCACGAUCGUUGAUUCCUGGGAAGGAAGAUUAUAUCAGUACUUUAGUGGAUAUAAAUGUUUUUGUAUAUACGACUGACUCUUUUUUACAUUUAUUGAUAUCGGGUUAAGAGAACGUUCUACCGGUGUUCGUUAAACGAUACGGGAAAGUGGAAGGAGAAGCCAGAAGAAAACUUCGUUUCAGAAGAAAAUUACUUCUACGGUUUUUUUUUUAUAAACGCUACAACCAGUGACAUUGUCGCGUGGAAAAAUGGUGGAGAAAAUUCUCGAAGAACGAGAGGACGGGUGUCCAGAAGUUGGAAGAGAGGAUUCAAGUUGCAGAGUUACCGUGAAUACAACAGGAGAAUCUAUGAGCGCGGUGCAGGCUCGACAAGAAGAAGCUAGGCGUAAAAGACGGAGGAAGAAGCGUUCCGGUUCAUCCUUUAUGUCUUCUUGCUUCCAAGAACUGUACAGAUUGACUGGCGAAGUUCUUGGAGAGGGUGCUUACGCGUCGGUUCAGACUUGCAGAUCCCUUUACACGGAUCUGGAAUAUGCUGUUAAAAUAAUCGACAAAAUUCCCGGUCACGCCCGUGCACGCGUAUUCAAAGAGGUUGAGACGUUCCACCAUUGCCAGGGACACAUAAACAUUAUUCAGUUAAUCGAAUUCUUCGAAGACGAAGAGAAGUUUUAUCUCGUAUUCGAGAAAAUCAACGGUGGUCAGUUGUUGAACCGAAUUCAAGAAAGAGUUCACUUCACCGAACGCGAAGCGAGUCAAAUCAUUCGGGAGAUCGCCGGCGCGUUAAAUUUCCUUCACAAGAAAGGAAUCGCUCACAGGGAUCUGAAGCCUGAGAACAUCUUGUGCGUGUAUCCGGACAAAUUGACACCGAUCAAAUUAUGCGACUUCGAUCUUGGUUCUGGCAUCAAAUUUAACAACUCGCUGUCGAGCCCCGUGGCAACGCCACAGCUUCUGACACCUGUAGGAAGCGCCGAUUUCAUGGCGCCAGAAGUCGUCGAGGCUUUCAUCGGAGAAGCUAAUUAUUACGACAAGCGUUGCGAUCUCUGGAGUCUCGGCGUCAUCAUGUACAUUCUCCUAUGCGGUUAUCCACCUUUCUACGGGAAUUGCGGCACCGAUUGCGGCUGGGAGAGGGGAGAGAACUGUCAGGAUUGCCAAGAGCUUCUGUUCACCAGUAUUCAAGAGGGCAGGUACGAAUUUCCGGAUAGCGAAUGGAGAUGUAUCUCGGAGGAUGCGAAAGAUUUGAUCAGAGGAUUACUGGUCAAGGAAGCCCACCAAAGGCUGAGCGCCGAAAGCAUUCUAAAACAUCCGUGGAUCAAUCCAGGACCUAGUCCGGUCGAGAACACCGAGAAAUCUCUUACGACUCCUCAUAUCAUCAGGAGGAAUAAUUCCGCUAGGGAACUCUCGGCAUUUGCCGAAUCGGCGAUGGCUGUGAAUCGAGUGGUACUUCAACACUUUUCUGUAAAUUUGGAGGAAUUGGCGGAGAACAGGGAGCCGAGACUGUCGACUUCGUCCACCGACGACGAUAACCAUCCUUACGGGCACAUGUCCGAUUCGAGCAGCGAAUUUUCGGAUCACAGUAAGCCAUACGCGACUCAUUCCUCCAACGAAUUCGAUACAAUCUCGCGCCAAAAAUGUUGCUCGAUUCGCUCAAGCAUCGAUCUCUCAGAUCCGAAGACUAUCGGAAAGAAUCGAUUGGUCGGCAAGGAUUCGUCGCUGCAUCAACUGUUCGGUUUGUCACCGCCUAGCGAGAGCCGCUUGCUCCAGCGUCGUUUAAAAGCACGAUCGGAUCUACUUGAACGUCAAACCAACAAAGCGAUUAUCGCUUCUCCGAGUGGCUGAAACGUGACAUCUUACGAUAAAUCUCCUUGCUUUCUAGCGUAUAAUUCGUAUUUACACGUCUGCAUAUAGGGAUUCGAGGAAAACGUUUGUACAGCAAUAUUAUCUAUCGAUGGUUUACAAAAAUUCACACGGUACAGGCAAAAUUUUAUUAUCGCUAAAGAAAGGUGUCGUCGCUUUAAAAAUAACAAAGCUUGUUUAACGGCCUGCGACAACGAUGCGACUUUACAUGGUUAACCAUACUAUCGCGCGGUACAUUGUCGUUGGCAUUCACAUUCACGUUCAAGUUUAGGUAAUCUUUUCUAAUUGAAAAUUUGAAAGUUGAAUAUCGUUUUUAUUUCGACCAAGUUUCGCUGUAAAAGUUGAAGUUGAAAUCGAAAUCGAAAUCGCCCUCAUCGAACGUAAAAGCCUUUGAUUUGGAAGUGGUUAGAGUAACAUGUACAAUUCGCGAUAGAUAAUCUUUCUGUACUUUCAGUAACAUAGCGCGUAGAAGUAUGUACUUGCUCGUUCAUAUCGAUUUAUCGAGACGAAUGUAUACGCACUUACAGAUCUUUGACGACGUUAGAAGAAAACCGCGUUCCCCGUAAUUUUUUUGGUAAACAUUUUUCAGUUUCGAUAAAUCUAGUAGCACGAGGAAACUAUGGCAUGCAAAGUGUGAACUAGUUUCUUUUUUUUUUUCCUGGUCGCUUUCCGAGGUGAGGUGAGGUGUGGUGGUUAACAACGGCAACGCAUUCUUGAAUUAGAAAAAGCGGGUAAUGCCUACAAGUAGAGCGCGUUUUGGUGCACGUUACGAAUAGUUUGCUCAGUAAGUUUCUAAAGACGUAGCAGAGUGUAAGUUUGAAAACAGUCGCAAAGAUUGCAGUGUUGAAAAAACAGGCUCUACGCCGCGACGAGAAGAAAGGGGCGUAAACUACGGCCAUUUUUUGUAAAUGUCUCUCAAGUAUCUUCGUAGAGAGUUAGUACGUAAGAAUGAUAAAAGUUUAGUUUAAACGAAUAAAAAAAAACGAAAAAAAAAACCGAAAAGAGUAAAACAAAAACAAACAAAAAAUAAAGAAACAAAAAAAUUACAGAAAAAUGUACCUGCGUCGUAAGUGAUUAAGUAUAAAGAGCGCGAGAAACAUAAAAGUAGAGAGACGAAGAAGAAUUGAAGAGUAGGAGAACGCGUUAGAGAUAAAUUUUCUCGGCAAACCUAGAUUACGGGGAAUCAUCCAUUAAUUGCUGUUACGUAUUUUUCUAGAGUUUUAUCGACGUAAUGUCAUUUUAUCGUCCACCCACCCACAGUCGCACAGCAUCUUAUAUUUGUUCUUUUUACUUUCUUUUUAACAAGCAUCACCAUCCCGCGGAGUUUGUUUCCUCGAUAGAAUCGAUCGGUCCGGAUCGUUUGGGUCUACUUUCUACCCUACCAUGCGACAUUUAUCCAUUUGCAACGUUUACUUAUUUCCUGUUUCCAUGUUCUUGGUUGAACGAUUCGUUGAUUUCGGUAUCUUUUUCGUGUAAUCGGUGGCGAUGACGUACACGUUUCUUCGUGGAAAGAAUACUGCGAAUAGGGACGGUAGAUCAUAAACAUAUCCCUCGGCUACCGCGAACUUGGAAACAAAUUGUUCGCAUAAACGAAAAGGAGGAAUUUGUAUUUUUCGAGUAACUCUCUUCCAGUCUUACACUUGGCUAGGUGGGUACUGUGCGGUGGUGGAUUUUUUACUCAGGGCAGUUGCAACGGGCUGCGUAAAUUUGUUACGAAUCACAUACCAUCGCGUUUGAAGAAAACUUGAGGAGAAAGAGUUUAUAAUGUCUAUACACGAUCGAAGUCCAUUCAGGGUUAAAGUUAAAUCGUUACUCGUUCUUCCUUCUUAUAACGUAACCCUGAAAAAGCUUUGUUCAACAAUUUCACAUUACGGCUGCGCACCUUACGGCAGUUGUCUACGUAGAUAGAGAGUUAGAAGUUUCCCCGAAGACGUUCGAUGUUUUCGAUAGAUUUGGGGAUGUAACUUUGCCAUAUUUUUUUAUUCGACCAAUAUCGAGCAGAAGGGAGGCAACGUAAUCGAUCUUUCAAAAGUUUUUCGUGAUUCUACCAGUUCAACCGAGUCCUCGAAUUCUCAUGGAGUACCCCUAUAAACCAUACGCGAGAAAAAAGCGCGCGUGCGUGCGUGCGUGUGUAUCUGUGCGUGUAUUGUAAAUAUCAGUGGUGCUUCGAAAGAUGUUUGCGCGUAUAAAAUCCUUGAAACAUGUUCGUAGUUGUAGCUUGAAGCAAAAGACGGUUUAGGUUUACCUACGCAAGGUGGCUAAAAGUGUCGAGGCAUUCGUUAAGAUGAGUUAUCGACUAAUGAAAAAUUCAAUUUGAUUAGUUUCAUUUUCAUUUUCUUUUCUAUUUUUAUUUUAUAUUUACGAAAGCAUUUCCAUGCGCUCACGGUAAUGCGUAUUACGUUGGUUUAGUAGUAGGUCGCAUUUCUUUUUUUCGUUCUCGCUUUCAUUUUCAUCAAGCAAAUCGUCACAAAGACGUAAACAUUUUACGUAGCACUACUCUGUGGGUGUAUACAAAGAAAAGAGACGAAUAGUAGAUCCCCGUAUAACGCGGAAAAUACUUUUCGCGGUGUACGAGUAGUCGCAAACUUGUUUACCGCGUUACAAACUGUCCCGUUAUAUGGUGAUCUACAGGUGUGUUUUUAUGAAUUAAAACACGUGCGAGUGAAGAAAAACAUAAUAAUUUACUCUAAGUAAAAAGAUCGUCCGUGCACGCAUGAUACAACACAUGCUUACGACGUAGAGACGACAAAAAUUAUGUUAUAUGCGUGGUCUUUACAUCACGGAAUGCGUUGAUAUAGAAAAUAUCGAGAUUUACCAGUCUGUUCUUCGUAAGACCAAAGAAUCGGUGACGACAAUGAUAAUAUUGGGUAUUUUUUUCUCGUCGCAAUAUUUUCCGAUCAUCUCCGCCAAGUUGUUAUCGCGCGUUAUCAAAAUUGAUGUUUACAUUCUAUCAGUUUUUACACAUUUUUGAUUUUCCAACGAUGCGUUUCGAUCGUUUGCAUCUUGUUGGGUUGCCAGAAAUAGCGUAUAUGGUGUAAUCGAUACAAGUAUAAUUUCGCAGAGAAACCUGAAUACACUCUCGAUCGAUGUAUCUUGCCGGUAUAAGUUUGUUUUCAGUAUUGUAUUCGAUUUGCGUUCCUCCGCAAAAAUAUCCAACCAUCGAUCAUCGAUUUGAAAAGGUCGUCGUGAUACUACGUAAUUAUCGAUCGGGGGUGUGUCGCACAAUAAACGAGAAAUCGGUACGUUAACGAACCGUAUGUAGUAAAUGCUUUCUUCGGAAAAGCUUUAAUACUGCGUUAUGAAAACAUUGCUAGAGCCAAGACCGUACUGUAAAUAGAAGUUUGUUUACGCGAGAAAGAACAUCAGAAUGAGAAAGAAAAACCUACGGCCAUAAUGUAGAUUUAAUUAUAAUAUCUUUUGUCCGCGUGCGUACGUAUGUGUUUGUUUGCGUGGAUGUGUGCAUGCGCACGAGUAUAAAGUUCGCGUGCGUUCGAGAGACAGAGAGACGAACAUGUAAUUAUGGUACGUGCGUGUGUGUGGAUGCGUGUACAAUGAGUGAGACAGAUAGAGCGACGAGCGAAUUACGCGCUACGUGUUCUCGAACGACGAAAAACAAUACUAGCGUUUAAGCAAAGAAGCGAACACCUUUGUAUAGAUUUUUAAGGUUCCAUGCUAAUAUACCGUCGCGCUAUACCGAUGAGAUCGUUGGAGCAUCUAAAAAUCAUUUCACACGAUUCGUAACGAUUAGAAAGUUUGCGUUUCAUUAGUCUGCGAACAAGUGAAUAUAAAUGAUUUUCAUUUGAAUGUAAUAGUGGACAAUAGUUUACGGUAUAAAUUUCGUGAAAAACCGAGUAAGCAAUCUUGGAACCACGUUUCGAUACAUUUCCAUCGGUAAUUGUGUAACAUUUAUUAUACAUAGACACUGAACGCAAGCAAAGUCACAGCGGCAUAUCGCAACGGUAUGGAUGAGUACACUUUUUAGCUACGCGUAAAAAGACGCAUCAUUGCCUGUAAUAUUCGGCCCCGGGUACGGCGCGUUCCUUCGCGUUUCCGUCCUUGAAUCAAAUGAAAACGGUAAUGAUUCGUUCGGUAGUAUAACGAGUCAACGAGAAUAAAUGCGUUGCGACGAAACGUGCGAAAUCAAUCGAGAGAGUUGCUUCCGCACCCCGGAAAAACGGCAUUUUCGUUAUUUUUCGUUUAUUUUAUCUAGCAAGAUAAUAAAAGAAACGAAUAAAGGAAAGUGCUACGUUUUAAUCGAA